AUCUCCACCAACCUCUACCUUCGAAUACAACCCAAUUCAUUGAAUUCCACGUAAUCGAACGACUGAAAUAGGGGAGGACACUGAUACACUAAUUACAAGAACACCAACACCACAAAUGUCUGAAGAUUUACUAUCCAAGUUCCGCAGGGGCGCCCAGAAAGCAGGUAUCCAGGCCACUGCUUUCUUCCACACCAGCUCCAACAAGGUAGCCAGCGGAUCGAGGGAGUUUGCGCAGACGUUCACUCUUCCUGGAGAAGCAGAGAAAGCCGCAAAGAUCUUGGAGGCUUUUUUGGCCGACCCCGAUAGACCUGAAUCCGCCCUGAAUUCUAUCCCCAAAGCCGUCUUGCAGCGGGCUCGAGGUCUCGCCAUCUUCCAAGUACUUAAAGCUGGUUUCGUGUUCUCAGGAAAAGUCGGUUCAGGCCUCGUCAUCGCUCGCCUCCCAGACGGCUCCUGGUCAGCACCGUCCUGCAUCGCAACAGGCGGUCUCGGCUGGGGUCUCCAGAUUGGUGCUGAUGUAACCGAUUUCGUUAUCGUUCUCAACAGCGAAGAUGCUGUGAGAGCAUUCUCGCUUGGAGGAAACGUUACAAUCGGAGGAAAUAUUGCUGCUACCGCUGGACCGAUUGGAACAGGAGGAAGUGUACAGGCUUCGCUUGCCCACCCAGCACCGAUGUUCUCGUACUCGAAGUCGAAGGGUCUCUUUGCUGGUGUUUCAUUAGAAGGAACAGCGCUCAUCGAACGCAAAGAUGCUAACCGCGACUUCUACGGCUCAGCAGUCCCGGCAAAGGAUAUCCUUGGUGGUCGUGUCCCUCCUCCUGAGGUCGCAUCCAGGCUAUACGAGAUCAUCGAGGCAGCAGAGGGGUUGGACGAGACAGGACUUCCCGAGAACUCGUAUGUUCCAGGAGGACCAGGUUAUCCCAACGACAAUCACAUGGUCUUCGAUGCUGACACACACCACUAAACU